AUGUUUGAAUUUAAGUGGCCUGCUGCAAUCGCAGGUGACCACAGCCUAGAUCUCCGUCUUUCCGGGGCCUUUGUCCUUCUGCCCGCCGAAAUCGAGCCCGCGCUUUGCAGCCCCUUCGGCCGAUCGGAGUUGCUGGCCGCCAUUGAGGACGUGGCUGUGGUCUUUAGUCAGGAAGAGUGGGCCAUGCUGGACGUCGCCCAGCAGAAAUUCUACAGAGACGUGAUGAUGGAAACCUUCAGAAACUUGGCAUCUUUAGAAAUAAAAGCGCUUGAUGGUUUUGAGUGUGGAAGAGCUGUCAUGGAUCCCACAGCACAUCGAACUGCAUCUCACAAAGGAUGGGAACGGAAGGAACAAGGAGAAGCACACUGUUGUUCUUCCGUCCUCACGGCCAAAAGAACAGUCAGUGUCAAGCGAGCCCAUGAAUGCAAAGCUUGCCACAAAGCCUUGGCAUCUCUCUCUGACGUGAAGGACACUGUGGUUACGCUCACUGGUGAGAAAUGCCGAUGUCACCAGAAGACACCGGUGAGGAAUUCUAAGCAUGAAGGUGAAGGAUGUGGUCAGACUUCUAAUCAGCUGUCAUCCAUCGUGUUGUGUAAACAAACUCCUACCCCAGACCAGCCUCAUGAAGACAAGCUGUGUGGGGAAGCUUUUUUCUAUUCUUCUACCCUUGAGAAACAUAAAAGACCCCACAGUGGAGAGAAACCCUAUAAAUGUAAGGAGUGUGGCAAAGGGUUCAGCCAUUCCUCCUACCUCAACGUUCAUAGGAGAAUUUAUAGUGGAGAAAAGAAGCCUUAUGAAUGUAAUGAAUGCGGCAAGGCCUUUACCUGCUCUUCCUCCCUCAAGACCCACGCGCGCACUCACAGUGGAGAGAGGCCGUAUGAGUGCAAGGAAUGUGGGAAGACCUUCAUCUAUUCCUCCCAUUUCACCAUCCAUCAGAGAAUUCAUAGUGGAGAAAAGCCUUAUGAAUGCAAAGAAUGUGGGAAGGGCUUCAGCUCGUCCUCCCACCUCAACAUACAUCAGAGAAUUCAUACUGGCGAAAAGCCUUACGAAUGCAAGGAAUGUGGGAAAGCCUUCAGCUGUUCUUGGACCCUCAAGGCCCACACGCGUACACACAGUGGAGAGAGGCCGUAUGAGUGUAAUGAGUGUGGGAAAACCUUCAUGUAUUCCUCCCAAUUCAGCAUACACAAGAGAAUCCACACUGGAGAAAAGCCUUAUGAAUGUAACGCAUGCGGGAAGGCCUUCGGCGAUUCCUCCAGCCUCUACGUACAUAACAGAAUCCACGGUCGGGAAAAGCUUUACGUAUGUAAGGAAUGUGGGAAGGCCUUCAGCUGCUCUUCGUACCUCAAGACCCACACACGGAUUCACAGUGGAGAGAGACCUUACGGGUGUCAGGAAUGUGGGAAGGCCUUUAGUUCCUCUCCGUCCCUCAGGUCCCAUUCGCGCACACACAGUGGAGAGAGGCCUUAUCAAUGUAAGGAGUGUGGGAACACCUUCAGGUGGUCCUUACAACUCAACAGACAUAAGAGAAUUCACAGCGAAGAAAAGCCGUAA